UACGUAUCAAGAUGGUUGAAACUUUUCUUGGACUUCGUAAUAUUGAGUAAAAAUGGUAUAAAAACGCUUCAAAAUCAUAAAUUCGACGUUAAAGUUGUGAAGCGCUAAAAUGUGGAGCAGGAUAUCAGGAAUAGCACAAACGGUUCAGGAGAAGCUGGAUGAGUCCCUGGGGCCAGAUGAUGACCCUCAAGCAGCUGGGGGUGAGGAAGGAGAUGGACCCAGUGUUGGUGAUUUAUCAGCCCAGACAGACCAGCAGCAGAAGCUUAUACUACAGCUUAAAGAUCUCAUCAGGGAGAAUGAAAAUACCAUCAAGGCAAAGAACAAAGAAGUCCAGGAUACAAAUGCAAAGCUUUCAAAGAUGAAACUACAGUCAAAGGCAAAGAUAGCUAGCCUCACUCGUGAAAUGGAGGAACUAAAGAAAGGACUGUCAGAUACUAGUGACAUGGAUUCCAAUUUUUCUGAUGAUGGGGAAAUAAGUGAGCAGAAGUUCCGUGCAAAGUUAAUGGUGAUGAAGAAAAAGCUCUCAGAGAGUCGACAGAAUGUGUCGGAGCGAGAGAAGGAAUUAAAAUCUAAAAAUCUUGAGGUCUUAUCAAAAGAAAAGGUGAUAGCAGAGAGAGAUGAAGUGGUAAAAGUCCUCGAGACACAAGUCUCAGAACGUGACCACAUGAUUGAAACUCUCAAGUCUGCAGAGGGUGCUGUUGAUGCUGAAGAAAUUAAGACCAGGUUGGAAGAGAUGUAUGCUGCCAUGGUCUACAAGGACAAGAAGAUUCUAGAACUUAACGACAAGAUUCUUCAGCAGGACCAGAAAGUGAUUGAUAUUCAAGAGCUUGUGAAUGAAAAAGCUGAGGUGAUCAGAGGUCGUGAUCAAGCUAUACAGCUUAUACAAGGAGAACUUUCAAACAAGGACGCAGACAGCCAGAGUCAGAUGACACUCAUCCAAAAACUCACUUCCAAAAUCGAAACAUACGAGGAAAAAAUCAGCAUUCUUACUGAGAAAGUGGACCAAUCAGAAUCAACCUCUGCUUCCUCAGCGGAAAACUUUGGUGCUAAACUUUUAGAAAGUCAGAAAUAUUUUGAGGAAACUCUGCAGGAAAGAGAAAAUGAACUCGCCAUCUUGAAGCAAGCAUUCCGUGAGAAAGAGGAGGAGCUAUUCGCCAGAGAUAAUGACAUUAAAGACUUGAUUAAUCGUCAAGAAGAAGAAAUGAAGAAGUUGAUGAGUAAAGGAGAGGUGGAUGUACAAGAUCAGGUGCUACAGAUGUUGGAGCAGAAGGUUCGGGACAUGCAAGAGUCUCUUGAUAGCAAGGUCAAGGUCAUUGAGGUCAUCCAAAAGGAAGUUGGUGAAAAAGAACGCCAUCUUUUAGAAAAAGACACCGCCAUAAAAACAUUAACAGAAAAAUCAGAAAUGAUGUCAGAACAAAUGAAACUCAUGCAGGAAAAUUUUGUAACUUUAGAAACAACAUGGAAAGAUGAGAAAAAUGUUCUAGAAGUUGAGAAGAAGGAACUGUUUGAAAAACAUGAACUUGAGUUAAAUGAAAAGGGAACACAGAUUCAAACUCUGCAGUCAAAUUUGAAUCAAUUUGAAAGUGCUUACAAUCAAGCUGCUACCCAGUUUUCAACAUUAACUGAACAGUAUCAAUUAAUUCAAGUCGAAAAUGAAAAACUUAAAUCUGAGAAAUCAGUAACUGAACCCUCAAAUGAGGCUGAAUCUGAAAAAGGUGCUGAGACUCUCAAAACAGAACUAAAUGAAAAAGAAACACAAAUAUCCCAGUUAAAGAAUGAGAUGAAGGAGAGUAAAGCAAAAGCAGAGACUAAGUUCCUGAAAAUUAAAGCGCAGGCAACAUCAAAGGUGAAGAACCUGGAGAAACAGUUAGAGGAGCUAAAAAAGAGCUCUAAUCUAGCAGAUGAUGUUGUUUCCCUUCAAAACCAUGUAGCUGAGUUAGAAGAGGAGAAAGGAACUAUUGAAGAAGAAUUGAAGAGUGUGAAAGAACAACUUGAGAAGACGAUAGAGGAGAAGUCCAACAUUGUGCAAUUACUUGAUGCCGGGAAACUUGAAUUUGAAGCUCUUAGUCAAGAAGUUGUGUCACUGCAGGAGCAAGUGAAACAUAACCAAGUUGAGCAUAAUGAGAAGCAGGACAAAUAUCUCCAAGAAUUAGAGUCCAAGUUGGAAGAAAAGAAAGUCCUAACUGAACAGAUUCAGUCUGAGAAGGAUGGGGAGAAGAAGAAUCGAGUUACUUUUGAGAUGAAAAUUGUUGAACUUGAGGAGUUUAAGAAACAGGCAGAGCAGAACAUUGUAACCAUGACAACACAACUCGAGGAACGUGAGAAAGAACUUGGUGCACUGAGAGAUGGUGCAGUUGAGGCAGUGGAGAAAUGGGACUCUCUGCAUGAAGAGAAGGUUAACAUAGAGGCAAGAUUCAACAAUUUGGAGCAGGAAAACAAAAGUCUUCUUCAAGAGAAAUCAGAUCUGAAUGAUGAGAUUGAUAGACUCCAUCAACCUGACAUAGCAUUCCAAAAUGAGAAUGAAGAACUCAGAAAGAAGCUGGAGCAUUUGACAAGCUCCUUGGAUGCAACAACUGCUGAAUUAGCACAAAGUCGUGAAGAUGGUUCUGCCCAAUCCUCCAAAAUUGAAGAGCUCCAAGCAGUGAUUGAGGCACAAACUAAAGACAUUCAGGCAAAGACAUCAGAACUUGAGAGCCUAACUCUCACACAGGAAAAACUUGUCCAAUUAGAAGAACAAUAUAGUAAUAUUCGUCAGGAGCAUACUAAUACAAUGGCUGCUAAAGAUAAACUUGAAGAGGAAUUCUAUAUUGUCAAUGAACAACUCACUCACCAAAAACACGAGUUCCAGAAAAUCAUGAACACAAUGAUGGAGAAGGAAAGUGAAUUGAAAGUUACUGAAACCAAAUUGGUGCAGAAAGAGGAAGAAGUUGUGUCGUUUUGUUCCAAGUUUGCGAGUCGAGAGACAACUUUAGCUGAACUACAGGUUCAGUUGAAUCAGCGAGAGGAAACAUUACAGCAAAAUCUGAGUGAAUCUGAAAGGCAGGUGGUUGCCAUUGAAAUGCUUCAAGCAGAUUUGGACCAAGCAAAUGUACAAAUUGAGAACAUAACUACUGAUUAUAAAGCAGAAAAAGACCAACUUAAUGCUGCUUUUAAAGAAAAUUCGGAGGCUUUAGAAAAGCUCUCGCAGGAUUGUGCAUCAAAGGACAAUACUAUUGAUAACCUCAAGCAUGAGAUUGAGGAACAUAUCGAGAGUGUGAAAACACUUAAAGAAACUGUACAUGAAAAAGAUCACAAGGUAUCAGAGUUAGAGCUAGAAGUGAAUAAGAUCAACAGGGAACUAGAUGUUGCCAAGGACAGUCAAUCAGAGGAAGGCAAGAAGGUUGAAGCCAAAGUUAGGUCUUUAUUAGAUCAACUGAAUGAAAUGGAAGCUGAAGUUUCAUCACAACAGCAACGUGCUUCGGUAUUUGAAUCCCAGUGCAAUGAUUUGAAAACUCAGUGUCAUAAAUUAGAAGAAACCCUCAAUAGUAAAUCAAAUGAACUUGAUAAAGUGGUCAGUGAAUAUUCAUCAAAGUGUGAAAGCCUUGUUACACAAAUUAAUGAGAAGGACCAACAGAUUUCAACCAUUAAGGAUCAAUAUGAGCAGUCAGCUCAAACAAUACAAAAACAAUUCUCUGAUUUGGAAGCAAAAUACGCUUGUGAUAAAGAACAGUUUGACAAACAUGCAGAAACCUUAAGAUCAGAAUUAAGUAAAUUGCGUGCUGAAAAUGAUACAUUUCAAAAUGAGAUCAGUACCAAGAACACAAGUUUGAGCUCAUAUCAGGAAAAUGUUAACAAGUUAUCUGAGGAGCUUGUUGAGAAAGAGAAAGACCUUCAAGAUGCAAGAUUAAAACUUGAUGAAAGUAAAUCUGUGAUACAAGAAAAGGAGCAAGCUUUACAUGAGCUGAAUGCAAGUGUGACUGAGGCUGAUGUUAAAGUGCAAAGAUCGAAUGAGGAGACGAGCGUCAAGAUGUCAUCAUUGAUGGACAACCUACAAGAGAUGAAUGAGCAGAUGCAACAGUACACAAGCCAGAUAGAAGCACAGAAUACCCAAAUUGAAAACUUGAACAGCGAAUUGGAUGAGCAACUAUCAUCUAACAAAGAUCUUAAGGAUAGCGUUCAAACAAAGGAAGAACUGAUUCAAAAGCUUAAUGUAGACAUUAAAGAGUUGAAUCUAAGUAUUGAUACAAAUAAAGAAACAAUCUCUACUCUGAAAGAAGACCUUAAUAAAUCUAAUAAGACUGCUGAAAGACUACAUGAGGAAUUGAAAGCAAAGGAGGAAGUCAUAUCAACUCUAAAUGUUCAAAUGAAAGAACUCUCUGACAUUAGCCAAGAGAAGGAUUCACAAAUGAAAGCAUUACAAACAGAACUUGAAAACACAGCAGGGUAUCUGGAAGAGGAGAGGAACCUGAAACAUGAGAAGGAUGAACAAUUGGCAAACAUGAAAGCAAGCAUAGAUGAGAAAGAAUCAACCAUUGAGAAGUAUAUUGAAGAUCUUAACAAAUUGAAAAAAGUUCUUUCUGAUUCUGAAGUAAAGUCUCAUGAAUUCAACACUAAAAUUGAAGAACAAGAAAACAAACUAACUUCCAUUGAGGACAAGUGUAAAUCACUGGAAGACAUUAUUCAAGUGAAAGACCAGGAAAUUACAACCAUGAAGUCAAGUGAGAGUAAAACUGUGAUAGAAAUUGAGGGACUCAAAAACACUAUCAGCCAAAAGGAGCAAGAAUUGAAUGCUUUGAGCAGUGGGACAAGUGAUAAAGAUGAACAUAUAAGAAAGCUAGCACAGGAUGCUGAAGAGUUGCAGACUAGAUUGCAAGAGUCACUUCAAGGAUACCAGGUAUUAGAUACACAAUUUAAAGCCCUAACUAAAGAAAAUGAGGAGUUAGCUCAGAAGCUGAUAAUUGAAACUCAAAACACCACCACUUCAAAGGAAGAAAUUGAUAAACUCUCUACUAUGUUGGAAAAUGCGAAUGUUCAACUGAAGGAUCAAAGUGAGUUAAUAACUGCAAAGGAUGGAAAUUUAUCUGAGCUUGGUGAGAAACUUAAGGAUGCUCUAAGAGAGUUGGAGGAGCUGAAAUUAAAACAGGAGAACUCUUCACAAAUGCUUCGUGGAAAGGAGGAGGAAAUAUCUCAGCUGUCUAAUAAUAUAGCUGAAAAUGUUGAAACAUUCAACACCUUACAGAUAGAAUUAGAAAACAAACACAAAGAGAUUGAAGGACUUACUCUGAGCCUCAAUGCCCAAAGUGGGAUCAGUGAGGAAGUUAAACACCUUAAAGAUACAAUUCAGCAACAGCAAGAUGCAAUAUUUGACAAAGAUGGAGAGAUUACGACAUUGAGAGAAAACAUUCUGAGUCUACAAGCCAAGUGUGAUACUGCAAUGGAUGAGAGGAAUAACUUUGAAAGUAUAGAAACGAGGUCAUUGAGCAUUAUAAAUGAAAAAGACCAACAAAUUGAAGGACUGAAUGAAAGCAUUUCUACACUUAAUAGCCAGAUAAAAACAUAUGUUCAGGAGCUUGGAAAGGUUGAGAUUGAACUUGAAUCUGCCAAGCAAAGGAAUGCAGAGUUACAAACUCUCAAUGAAGAACAGAGUAUGAAAAUUGUAUCCCUUACAGAGAUCACGCAGACCUAUACACAACAACUUGAAACAAUAAGCACAGAGUUGGCCACUGUCAGAACGGAGGCUGAUAAUGCUCAAAAGACAUUCCAUGAGAAGGAAACCUCAUUAGAAGAUCUGGUUUCUAAGAAAGAUGUUGCCCUGGAAGAAAUGGUUGUUACACUAUCACAAAAGGAUGCACAAAUUCAUGAUUUAUCAGAAUCACUAACAAAAACUAAACAAGAAUUGUCCUCGUCAACUUUGGAGAUUGAAAAAUUACAAGCAAACUUGAAUAGCUCUAGCAAAGAAGAUAGUGAACUGAGAACACUUUGUUUAGAGAAGGACAGUGAGAUUCAAAGGGUAAAAGAAACAAAUGCACAAUUGAGUGACCAACUCCAACAAUAUGUUCAUAAUGUAGAGGAAAUGCAGUCUCAGUUAAAUUCUAGUCAUACAGAACUUGAGCAGGCCAAACAGCAGACAUUGACGUAUGAGAAAACUCAACAAGCAACAUUCCAAUCCCACACGGAGGAAUUAGAAACAUUGAGAGAAAAACUAAAUUCUUCUAUGAAUGAAGCUUCUACUCGGGAAACCACAGCAGAAGAAAAAGGUAAAAAGCUGAGUGAACUUACUCUCAAGUUUGAAAAGCUGAAGUCAAAAUAUCAAGAAAAGGCUAAAGAGGCAAUAGCUUUUAAGAAACAAGCAGAGGAAGCUAAGCGCCAUUUGGAAGAAAUAACAACAAAUUAUAGUGCAAAAGAGGAAAUGAUUAUAAAUCUCACUGAGAACCUUCAAAGGAUUACCAAUACCUCAAGUGGUCUUCAUCAGCAAGUAGAUGCCCAUAACAAGACAAUCCAAGAAUUGGUCUCUAAGGUAGAAAGUAAGGAUGAAAAGAUAAGAUCAUUAAUGGAUAAUAUGACAGAAAUGGAAUCUCAACUGCAAACUACAAUGACAGAAUCUGAAAAGGUACUUAAUGAAUCAGUAGGAUACAAAGAUGAACUCAAAUCGGUUGAAGAAACUGUGAAUGAAUUGAAUGUAUCCAUAAACAAAAAGGACAGUGAGAUUACCAAAAUAGAAAAAACAUUAGUAGAGAAAGAAACUCAAAUCAAAAAAUAUUUAACUCUCAUAAAGAAACUGAAACUUCAAGAAAAACAAAGGAAAGAUCAGAGUGACCAGGAAUCUCCGAAGCUGCUUGAAAUGAAUGUGGAAUUGGAGACACUAAAAUCUAAACUUGAAAUGAGGGAAAGUGAAAUAAAAGAGUUGAGUUUAGCGCUUGAAACUUCUACUUCUGACAGCUCAUCUCAAAAUAGAAGCUUUGCAAUUCUUGAAGAGUCACUUCAAAGCAAAGAAGCUGAUCUUGGUGAAACAUUGAAUAACCUUCAAAUCAUUCAAAAGGAAAAUACUGAUUUAAAUCUGGAGAUUGGUGCUUUGAAAGAACAGAUAUCUGAAAAGGAUUUGCAUGUUAAUGAUCUAUUGAAUCAGGUUGAAACUCAUAAAGAACAUACAGAAAAACUGCAAAGUCAACUAAAUGAAGCAUUACCACAAAUGGCUCAAAUUGAAAAUGUUCAGCGGUCAAGUGAUCAAAUGCAGAUGUUAACAAGUGAUGAUGCAAACAGAAGUGAUGAACUUUUACAACAAAUCGAUUCACUUAAUGCUCAAUUGAGACAACAAGCUGAGCAACACACACAGGAAGUUGAUGGCCUUAAUAAGACAAUUGAGGAAUUCAAUGUGACAGCUAACAAAAGUGCUGAGUUGUCACAAAAAUAUAAAAUUGCCCUUAAAAAGAAGCAAGAAAAGUCCAAGCAAGAUAAUGAAACAAUCAAGCAACUUGAAUCUUCACUUCAAGAUGCCAAUGCGAAAUUAGAACCAUUGACAGCAGCUUUGGAGAAACUUACAGCUCAAGAUCAGAGUUUAAAGGAAGAAUUUGACCAGAAGUUUACUGAGUUGGACCAAGCUAAACUGAAAGCAGAAAUAGACAAUGAAAAUUUAAAGAUGAAACUGAGUUCUCUGCAAACUGAAUAUGAAAGUAUGAAAAUGCAAUCUCAGAGUACUGGAGAAGAAAUUCAUGCAGUUUCUGAUGAGAAAAUGAGAUUGAAGGAAGAAAAUGCUUCCAUUUGUGAACAAAUUCGAGAGAAGGACCAAAAUCUAAAGGAUAUGUCUGAUCAGUUAAAUUCCUAUACAGAAUAUGCACAAAAUCUUCAAACUCAACUUGAGGAAUCAUUAGAAAAGCUUAAUGCAAUGAAAAUCCAAUUAGAACAGCAAACUGAUGUAAUAACCCAAUUAAAAUCAGAUUUAGAAACUUCUGAAUGUGCACAAUCUCAAAUGAGGAAUACAAUUCAACAAUUAAAUGAACAAGUUCAAAAUCAGACUAGAAAUGAUGCUGAGAGUGCAGAACUUCUUCAACAAAUUGAAUCACUGAAUGAUCAGUUGAAAAAUCAAGCUGAACAGCAUACACGGGAAGUUGAUUCCUUGAAUUCAACAAUUGAGGAAGUUAAUGUGACAUCCAAGAAAAGUGCUGAGCUGUCACAAAAAUAUAAAAUUGCUCUGAAAAAGAAACAAGAAAAGUCCAAGCAAGAUGAUGAAACAAUCAAGCAACUUGAAUCCUCACUUAAAGAUGCUAACGAAAAACUAGAACCAUUGAUGGCAGCAUAUGAGACACUAACAGCUCAAGAUCAGAGUUUAAAGGAAGAAUUUGACCAGAAGUUUACUGAGUUGGACCAAGCUAAACUAAAAGCAGAAAUAGACAAUGAAAACUUGAAGAUGAAACUGAGUUCUUUACAAACUGAAUAUGAAAGUUUUAAAAUACAGUCGCAUGAUGCCGAGAAGACCACUUUUGCCAAAGUAGUUGAGGAAAGCUCUACACUACAAGAAGAAAACAAAAGCCUUCUUGAAAAACUAAAUGUGAAGGAUUCUGAAUUAGAAUCUUUAAAACAGCAACAUGCAGAAAUGAGCCAAGAGCAUUUACGAUUACUUGAAGGUCAGAUAAGUAGCGAUGAAGCCAUUAAACUGGAGAAUAGCAAACUUGUUAAACAAUUUGCUACAGCUGAAGAAUCGAGAACCAAAUUGAUGGCCGAACUUGAAAUGUCAAAAACUCAAGUUGAGCAGUUGGAAACAGAACUAAGAGUUUUACAAAACAGUAAAGCUGAUGAGGAUGUUGAAGUUGGUCUGCUUUCUGAGAAAUUUAGCCAGAUAUCUAUUGAAAAAGAAGUUUUGCAAAAGGAGGUCACUGAGAAAUCCACAGUUAUAAAUGAGCUGAACCAAUCUAUGAGUUCUUUAAUUGAAGAACAUCAAAUAGUUACUGCAAAAUACCAAGAACUAAUGGUUGAUUUUGAAAAGGUCUCAUCUGAUGCAAUUGCACUUAAAAUCAAGAGUGAGGAGUUAAUUCAACAGGUUGAUGUGCUUUCCCAUGAGAAGACUGAAAUUCAAAGCCAAUUAGAGCGCACUAUUCAAAACAAAGAACAACAUGACUUUGAAUCAAGGAUGCAGAUUGAGGUUGAGACAUUAAGAAAAUCAUAUGAUGAGAGUUUCUCUGAGAAGGAUUCACACUUGUCAACUCUUCAAGAGAAGUAUAACGAAACAUUGAAUGAAUGUGAAAACCUUAAGCGUAAAGCUGAUGCUUCUGAGACAAAAAUGGAAAAAAUGUUGGUAAAACUCAAGGCCUUCAAAGAGAAGAAUGAUAACAUAAACACUCAGUUGAAGGAUAUGACUAAACAGGCAGAGGAAAGUAAAGCAAGAGCAAUGGACUCACAAAAUGAUCAGAUUGAUGGACUGACAAGGUCAAAUAAUGACCUUGUGAACCAGCUUCAACAAACAAGAAACGAUCUGGAUGAGUUGAGGACAAUAAAUGCUGCAAAAGAAAACCAGCUUUCUGAGUUAAUGCAUGAUAAAGAAAUAUUGGAUGCCAAAGUUGCUCAAUUGCAAAGAGACCGUGAACUUAUGAUGCAAGAGAUGGCAAGCUUAUCGGAGGAAAAUAGCCACUAUGAUGAACGUAUUACUAAAUUGAAGUCAGAAAUAUCAGAGAUGCAACCAACACUCACAAAGUACAAAAGUGAUGCUAGUCGGUAUGAAGAAGAAAUCGAAAUUCUUGAAAGUAGGCUUCAAUCAGAAAUUUCCAAUCACAUUAAAAGUGAUGAAAAGAUUAAGGAACUGAAAGUUGAGCUGGAUAAUGAAUGUUCAAAGAAUGAAAGUCUGUACAUGUCUUUUGAAAACCAAAGUGGAGAGUUGGAAUCAGAAAACAAAACUCUAAAACAAGAGUUGAAGAAUGUGAAACAAGAAAAAGAUGUAUUGAAUGCAAAAAUACAAGAGUUAACUGAAGAAUACACUACAAGUAAAGCAACGUUUGAAUCAGAAAUUGAGCAGCUGCUUCAGCAGAGUGAAAAUAUUAAGAAAGAGAUGGAUUACCAACAACAGAUCUUUGACUCUCAAAUACAAGAUGCAAGUACUCAUAAAUCUGAUUUAGAAGCAGCUGUUGAACAAUAUAAAACAAUCAGUAAUGACUUUGAGAGGCAGAAGUCAGAACUACAACAACAGUAUGACAACCUUGACAGUGAUAACCAAAACUAUCAAGAUCUUGUGGAAAAAUUACAAAGUGAACUCCAGAAUCUUAAGGACACUGAAACUCACAGCAAAGCUGAAGUUCAGGAGAUUUUAUCCAUCAAUGAAAAACUCACAGAUGAUAUUAAAAAUCUUGAACUAGUUGCAGAUGAUCUUAAGGAGGAAAAUGGAAAGCUUACUACAAGAUUGCAGUCCAAACAAGAUACAGAGGUCAAGUUGAUGGAACUUGAAGCUGAAAAAGAGACUUUGAUGCAUGAAGUUCAGACAAUGACCCAACAAGUGGAAGUUCUCAAAUCAACUGCUGAAGAUGAUAAGAAAGAGUUAAUGAAUGUAAUUGAGCAAUAUAAAGAUGAUGUAAAUGCUUUGGAGGAACAGAAUGCCAAAUAUGUUGAAGAGAUUGAAGGCUUGAAUUGGAAAGUGGAGGAAUGCAGUGAAAUGGAUAGUGAAUUAGAGGAAACUAGAAACAAACUAUUCCAGAUACAAAGUGAAAAUGGAGGAAUGAAAAAACAAAUGAAAGAUUUGAAUUCUACAUUAGAGAACCUGCAAAGUGAGUUCACUGACAUGGAAACUACUGCACAAGAAAACUUCAAAAAUUCAGAACAGCUUAACCAAUCUAUGAGCGAAAUACAAAAAGAAAAUAUGAGUACUUUGGAAGAGCUGGAGCAUAUAAAAUCUAAAUUAUCAGAUACUGAAAUAGAAAAAGAAAAAUCUGCGAAAGAUGCUGAGAAUCUUGCUGAACAACUCAAACAGUUGGAAACAUCAAUGAAAGAACAGUUAGAUGAAAGUUUGAAUGAGAGUGUGCAGACAAGAAAUCUAUUAACAUCAGAGAAUGAACAAUACAGAGCAAAAUUAAAUGAACUCAAUGAACAUAUUCAAAAUAUAUCUUCUGAUAAUACGACUCUUGCCAUGGAAAAUCAAGGAUUGAAAUUAGAACUUGAAAAUGUGAAAAGGAACAAUGUGGUGCUAGCCCGUCAACAACAAGCCAGCAUAGAUACCAGUUACCAGGGUGGUUCACUAGCAGAAGCCAGAAAGGAAGUCCAGCAAGAGCUGCAAGAAGCUAUGGAGAAUAUUCAUCAAAGAGAUCUACGCAACCAGGACCUAGCAAUGCAGAUUGGUCAACUGACAGAAGAAAGAAACCAUCUCAGAUCACAGAUGGCACGUCCUGGAUCACGCUAUGCCAAGAAGGAUCCACCUCCAAAACCAGUUGCACAUCGGGAGGUACAAACAACAGACCAUCAACUUGAAAAACUAAAAGAAGAACAAGGACAUAUGUAUGCAAGGAUUGAAGAGCUAGAAAGAACAGAACAGGAUGUAAGAGAACUAAAUAGUAGACUAGAAGAUACUAUAACUGAAGAGAGGGAUAGAAGACUUGAGUUAGAGGAUAAUUUACUGAAGUCACAACAAGCUCUCCAAGAAAGUGAACAGCAGCUUAACAGAAUCAAACCAAAAGAGGUCCACCUCCAAGUAGAGUCUGAUGAGAAAAUAAGUUUGGUGACUCGCUUCAGAGAGACUUCUCCUCGACUGAGUCGCCAGGUAAAGAGCUACUGCAGGAGGCUCCAACAGUGGAUGUUCCUACGCAGAGAUUCUCAAUGUCUACAAGGGGCAUAUAGACCUGGUGUACCAAGAAUGAGACUGAUGAUUAUUCUCUACUUUGCUCUACUACAUGUGUUGGUCCUAAGCUGUUUUGCUGGGCUGUUGUUCUAACUGCUGAUUAUAGAAAAGAAUAGUGUAAUUAUGUGAAUUGAAAGCUGUCAUGUUACCAAGUACUGUCAGGAACUUAAACCAGAAACUGUCAGAUUACUAGAAACUGUCAGAUUAUAAGAAACCGUCAGAUUACCAGACACUCUCUGAUUAC